AACAUGACUUCAAUCAAUUCCAUUCAAUUCCAGAUCCUUGAUCUACCUCCGAGCUGCAUCGAAUUUUGCCCAACAUCUCGUGACUGUUUUGUCGUCGGCACAUAUUUUCUGGAGAAGAAAGAGCAAGAUGCUGGUGUAGAAACCAGUGCGGGAGACGAAGAAGGAAACAGUGGAGACACAGACAAAAACCUCAGACCAGAACUGACCAAGAAAGCUUACAUCAAAAUCCUCUUUUACAGUAAACAAAUCUCUACAACACAAACCCCCUACGCAAUCCUCGAUAUCCAUUUUUCACCACAUGAUGCUUCGCUCUUAGCAGUAGCAGCAUCAACAGGAAUUGUUCAACUUUUCCGUUUCUCUGCUUCAACAAUUUCUCUCCAACCUCUGUCCACAUACCAAUUUUUCGAACCAGAGAUUUUGGUAUUGUCGCUAGCUUGGCAUCCCACUUGUGCAAAUAUCCUAGGAGUAACGACUUCUUCUGGUGGUGUUUAUAUCGUGGAUGUUUCUGUAUCUGAGGCAGAAGCAAAGGAUACAGGGAAAGAGAUUCUGGUUCAUGAGUUAGAGGCUUGGACACUGGGUUUCUCGCAUACGGGCGAGGAAGUCUAUUCAGGUGGUGAUGAUGCUACGUUGCGCUAUUCAACGCUUGCUCCUGCUUCUACCUUUGCUCAAGAAGAAGAGGAGCAGGAAGACUUUCUCCUACCCAAUGGCAAGACCGCCGCGCCCAUACUGCCGGCCCAUCCUGCCCCUCGCCAACGAAAAGAUAUCCUAAUCACAGGAGGUUACGACGAUAAUAUCAGAGUUCUUUCCUGCCCCACCAUCGGCAGAAAACAAGUCCUCUGUGAGGAAAACCUUGAAGGCGGUGUUUGGCGUCUCAAACUGCUUACUUCCGCUCCUCAAGAAGGCAAGUAUACGGUUUUGGCAUCGUGUAUGCAUGCAGGUGCGAGAAUUGUUGAAGUCACGAAAGACGAGAAUGGGGAGUGGAGUGUUGAAGUGCUGGCGAGGUUUGAGGAACACAAGAGUAUGAAUUAUGGUAGUGAUGUGCAGCCAGGUUCUGCGGCGGGUGGUGAGCAGACGAUCAUCUCGACGAGCUUCUAUGAUAAGCUGUUAUGCUUGUGGAGGUUUGAGCUGCCUUGA